AUGUUUGUGGUUAACAGGUCUGUUUUACUGGGUGUUGUGGUUGUUGAUGAUUCUGUUGAUUUUGAUUGUUCUUUCGUGGAUGUUGUUUGUCCAGUGGUGGUUCUUGCUACUGCUUCAAUUGUGGUUGUUGCUGGUGGUUCUCUUGUGCUUACUAUUGAUUCUGUUGCUAUUGAUUCUUUUGCAUUCGUUGUCGUUGAUUUUGCAACAGUUGUUUCUUCUAUUAUGUUUGUUGCUCUCGGUUCUGCUGACGAUGGUGUUGAUGCUGCUGCUGUUGUGAUGUUUGUGCUUGGUUCUUUUGGAGAUGUUGGUUGUUCUGUUCUGGCUGUUGUUGGCUCUGCUGUGGUUGUUGGUUCUUUUGUGAAUGUUGAAGGUUCUUUUGUGAUUGUUGUCGAUUCUCUUGUGGUUGUUCUCGGUUCAUCUGUGCUCGUUGCCAGUUCUGUUGGGUUUGUUGCAAUUAAUAGUUCUGUGGGAUUUGUCGUUUGUGGUGGCCUUGUUGGGGUUGGAGUUGUUGGUUCUGUAGUGCUUGUUAUUGGUUCUGUUGUGGUCGUUGUUGUGGAUUCUACUGCAAUCCUUGUUGGUACUAUUGUUGUCAUUGGUGCUUCAAGUGUUUUGUUUGUUGUUGUUGCACCUGUUGUGGUUGAUGAUGCUUCUAUUGUGGUUGUUGAUGGUUCUGUUGUGGUUGUCGUGGUUGGCGGUUUAGUGAUUGUUGACGCAUCUGUUGAAAACAUCUUUCGUUCUGUUGUUAUUGUACUCAGUUUUGUAGUGGUUGUUGGUGAUAAUUCUGAUGUUGAUGAUGUUGCUUCUUUCGCCGUUUUUAUUGUUGGUACUUUUAAGGAUAUCAUUGGUUCUGUUGCUAUGGCUGUUUUAGUUGAUAUUGGUGUUGUUGCCCCUAAUGUGUUUGAUGUUAGUCCUCCUGCGGUUGAUGAUGUUGGCAAUGUUGUGGAUGUUGUUGCUGGUACUGUUGGAAUUAUUUUUACAGGUUCUGUUGUUGUCGUUUCUGUUGUGGUUGCUACUAUUGGUUGUGAUACAGUGGAAAUGUUUGCUUCCUUUGUUAUGGAAAUAGCUAUAGUUGUGGCUGUUGUUCCUUGUGUGGUGUUUGUUAGUUCAGCUUUUAUUGUUGCAGUUUCUCUUAUGGAUGACGUUGUUGUAGUUGUUGGUGGUUUCGUGGUUGUUGAUACGUUUGUGGUUGCUGUUGGCUUUGUGGUUGAUGGGUUUGUAGCUUUUGUUGGUUUCGUGGUUGUUAUUGGUGCGUCUGUUCUUGGUUCUGUUAUGGUUGUUGGUUUUGUUGUGGUUGCUGUUGGAUUUAUUGUUGUAUGUCCCAAUGUGGUUAUUGUUUGUGUUAGGCUUGUAGUUGGUCGUUCAGUUGUUAUUUGUUUUGUUGUCGUAGUGGUUAUUGCUCCUGUUGUUGUUGUUGGUUCUGAUGUUGCUGUUGGUUCUGUUACGGUUGUUGUUGGUUCUGUUGUGGUUCUUUUUGGUUCUCUUGCAGUAGUUGUCUGUUCUAUCCUUGUUGUUGUAGGUUCUCUUACAGUUGUCAGUUCUAUUUUGGUUGUUGGUGGUUCUGUUGUGGUUGUUGUCGGUUUUGUUGUAAUUGCUUUGGUUUUUGUUCUGGUUAUUGACGGUUUUGUAAUGGAAGCUGUCUGUUCUGUUAUGUUUCUUGUUAAUUCUAUAUUGUUUGUUUUCGAUUCCGUUAUGGUUGUUGUUGAUUCUGUUAUGGUUGUUGUCGGUUCUUUUGUAGUUGUCUUUUGUUCGGUUGCAGUUUUCAUUGUUGGUUGUGAUGUGGUUGUUGUUCUUGAUGUUUUAUUUAUUGCUGCUGUUAUUGAAUCUUUUGCUGAUGCUAAUCGUGUUGUGGCCCGUUUUGUGAAAUCCGUUGUAAAUAUAUUGGUUGGUGUGGUAGUUGUUAUAGCUUCUGUUGUGGUUUGUGUUGUUGACUGUUUUGAAGUUUGUUUUGUUUUCGUUGUUAAUGAUCCUGUUACAUUUGUAAUUAACUGUGUUGAGGUUGUAGCUAUUAUUGUUGGUUCUGUAGCGGUUGUUAUUGGUCUUGAAGUAGUUAUUGUUCCUUCUGUUGCUGUUGUUGGUUUCGCUGUGGUCGUUGUUAGUUCUGCUCUGGAAGUUGUUUGCUCUUUUAAUGUUGUUUGUUCCGGUGUCGUUGUUGGCGCAAUUGUGAUUGUUGUUGGUUCUGCUGUGUUUGUUGCUAUUCGUUCUGUUGUUAAUGGUGUUGUUGAUUCUGUUAUUUGUGUUGUUAUUAGAUCUGUUGCUGAUUGUGUCGUGGUUGAGACUGUUCUUUUAGACUGUGAUGAAGUGGUUGGUGUGGUAGCAGACCUAGUUGUUGCUGUAGUUUGUGAUGUAGUUGUGGGCCUAGGCGUGGUAGCUGCUGUUGAUGUAGUUUGUGGCAUAGUUUCUGGUGUAUUAGUGGUGCUUGUUGUUGGUUUCAAGUGUGAUGAAGUGGCUGGUGUAACUGGGAUCGCUGUUGCUGAUGUAGUUUUUGAUAUUGUACUUGAGAUAGAAGCGGUGUCUGCUGUUGGUGCAGUGUAUGACGUAGUUUCUUGUGAUGUAGGUUCUUGUGUCGUAGUUAUGAGUGUUGUUAAUGUAGCUUGUGGUGUAGUUGCUGGGGUUGCAGUAAUGUCUGCUGAUAUUGUAGUUUGUAAUGUAGUUGCUGGCGUAGUUAGUGGUGUAAUCAUUGGUGUAGUCGUGGUGCCUGUUGUUGCUGUACUUUGUGAUGCAGUUGUUGGUGUAAUAGUGGUGCCUGCUGGUGUUGUGGUUUGUGACCUAGUUGCUGGUAUAGUAGUUUUAGCUUUUGUUACUGCAGUUUGUGGAGUAGUGGGUGGUGUAGUAGUGGCACCUGCUGUUUCUAUACCUUCUGGUGUAGUUGUUCUUGUGGUAGUAGUGCUUGCUGUUGUUGUAGUUUGUGAUGUAGUUGCUAGUGUAGUUGUUGUGCCUAUUGUUGCUGUAGUAUGUAGUGCAGUGGGUUGUGUAGUAGUGGGCUGUGUAGUAGUAGUACCUGCUGUUGCUGCAGUCUUUGGUGUAGUUUGUGGUGUAAUUGUCAGUGUAUUACUGGUACCAUUUGUCGCUGCUGUUUGUGUUACAGUUGCUAGUGUGGUAGGUGCACCUGUUCUUGUUGAUGUCUGUGAUGUAGUUGCUGGGGUAGUAGUUCUAUCCGUUGUUGCUGUAGUGUGUGGUGUAGCUGUUGGUGUUGUAAUAGUGCCUGCCGCUGCUGUGGUUUGUGAAGUAGUUGCUGGUGUGAUAGGAGUGUCUGUUGUUGUUGAUGUUUGUGAUGUAGUUGCUGGUGCAAUAGUUGUAUCCGUCGAUGCUGUAGUUUGUGAUGUAAUUGAUGACAUAGUACUGUCUGUUGUUGUUGCUGAUGUAGUUGCUGAUGUACUAGUGGUACCUGCUGAUGCUGUUGUUUCUGAAGUAGUUGCUGGUGUAAUAAUACUACCUGUAGUUACUGGUGUAAUAGUAGUGCCUGCUGUUGCUGUAGUUUGUGAUGUAGUUGCUGGUGUAGUAGUGAUGCCUAUUGUUGCUGUUGUUUGUGAUGUAGUUGGAGGUGUGGUAGCAAUAUUUGCUAUUCCUGUAGUUUGCGGUGUAGUUGUGUCUGUGGUAGUUGUACUUGUUAUUGUCGUAGUUUGUGUCGUAGUUGCUGGUGCUGUAAUGGUACCUGGCGUUGCUGUGGUGUUUGAAGUAGUUGUUGGUGCGGUUGUAGUGUCUGCUCUUGUUGAUGCUUGUGAUGUAGUUGCUGGAGUAAUAUCUGUAUCUGUUGGUGCUGCAGUUUGUGAUGUAGUUGAUGACGUAGUAAUGGUGCCUGCUGUUACUUUACUUUGUGGUGUAGUUGUUUGCAUGGCACUGGUGCCGGCCGUUGGUGUAGUUUCUGAUGUGGUUGCUGAUGUACUAGUGGUGCCUGUUGACGAUGUAGUGUGUGAUGUAGUUGCUGGUGCAGUAAUGAUACUUGUUGUUGCAGUAGUUUGUAUUGUAGCGGGUUGUGUAGUAGUGGUUCCCCUUGUUGCUGUAGUUUGCGUUGUAGUGAGUGGCGAGGUAGUGGUACUCACUAUUACUGUAGUUUGUGUAGUUGUUGGUGUUAUUGUGGUACCUUUUGUUGGCGUAGUUUGUGAUGUAGUUGUAGGUGUACUAGUGGCUCCUGGUGUUGUAGUCUGUGGUGUAUUUGUUGGUGUUGUAUUACUGCCUGUUGUAGGUGUAGUUUCUGAUGUAGUUGCUGGUGUAGUAGUACUACUAUCUGCUGUUGCUGUUGUUUGUAGUGUAGUCGAUGGUGUUGGACUGGUGCCUGUUGUGGCUGUAGUUUGUGAUGUAAUUCUUGACUGUGAUGUAGUGGAUGUCGUGACUGUCUUGGCUGUAGUUGUUAAUGUAGUAGUGAUGUCUGUUGUUGCUGUACUUUGUGGUGUAGUUGUUCGUGUGCUAGUAGUGCCUGUUGUUAGCAUAGUUUCUAAUGUACUUGCUUGUGUGGUAGUGGUGCUUCUAGUUGCUUUAAUUCGUGAUGUAGUUGGUGUAGUAGUGAGGUUUGUUGUUGCUGUUGUCUGUAAUGACUUUGGUGUAGCUGUGGUGUCUGUUGAUGCUGUGGUUCGUGAUGCAGUGGUUGGUGUAACAGUGGUGCCUGUAGCUUGUGAUGUAGUUGCCGGUGUAUUCGCGGUGCUUGUUGCAAUUUCUGUUACUCCUUGUGUUGUAGUGAUGUCUGUCUUUGCUGUAGCCUCUGGUGUAGCUGUUGGUGUUAUAUUGAUGUCUGUUGUUGCUCUAGUCUGUGAUGUAGUUGUUGGUGUAGUAGUGAGGUUUGUUGUUGCUGUUGUCUGUGAUGUAGUUGGUGUAGUUGCCGUAUUCUUAUUUUUUGUUGCUGCUGCUGUUUACGGAGUCGGUGGAAGAGAAUUAGGGAAUGCUAAGUUUGAUGAUUCUUCGUGUGUGGAAAAUUCUGAAGUCUCAUCUACAGAUGAAAGUGUAACGGUUGAAGAUGUUAGAUCUUGUGUACCUGAUGUUUUCUGUGUUGUAAUAGAAGGUGUUUGUUUGUAUUCUAAUGAGCCUGUACCUGUCGAUGGUAGAGAAGUUUCUCCUGUUGUGACAGUAGCUGUUUCAAGGUUGCUGGAUGUUUCGUAUCUAACCGUAGAGGCUAAAUGCGCUAUGGGUGUGUUUGCUUCAGUUGUACGUGACUUAGUUGGUGACAUUCGAGUUGUGGUAUGCAAUAUUGUGGGUGUUGAUGUUGCUGUGGUUGUUGUUGCUUCUGUUGUGGUAGGUGUUGUGCUUGCAGUUGUGGUAGAGGUUGGUCCAGAGAUGGUUGGAGUUGUUUGUUGUGUUGUGGUUGUUGUUGGUUCCCUUGUAGUUGUUGACACUCGUUCUUUAGUGCUUAAUUUUGAGGUUGGAGUUGGUGCUGCUUUUGUAGCUGUUGUUGUUGGUUUUGUUGUGGUUGUUGCUUGUGAUGUUAUUGUAGGUUUUGUUGCGGUUGUUAAUGUUGGUUCUAAUGUGGUUGUUGGAACUAGUCUGUUUGUAAUUGAUUCUAUGGUGGCUGUUGUCCGAUCUGCUGUGGUUGUGGUUGGUGGCUCUGUUGUGUUUGUUGUCAGUUCUGUAGUGGUUGCUGUUGUGGUUGUUUCUUGUGAUGUGAUUGUGGUUGUGGGUCUUGUGAUUGCUGGCCCUGUUGUGAUUUUAGUUGUUGGUCUUGUUGGGGUGGUUGCCAGUUCUGUGGUCGUUGCUGUUUUUGUUGUGGCUGUUGUUUGUGCUGUUGUUGUGCCUGGUUGCGUUGUGAUGGUGGCUGUUGCUGUUGUUGCUUCUGUUGUGAUUGUGGCUGUUGGUUCUAUUGUAUUGGUCGUUGAUUCCGUGGGUGUUGCUGUUUGUGCUGUGGGUGUUGGUGUUGUGGUUGUUUGUGCUGUUGGGGGUGUUGUUGGUUCUGUUUCAGUUGUUGGUGCUUGUGUUGUGGUUGUUGCUUCCGUUGUUGUUAUUGUUGUUGGCUCUGUGGUGGUUGUUAUUUGGUCUGUUUUGAUUGAGGAUUUUGAUCCUGCUUUAGUUGUAGAUGGUUCUGUUGUGAUUGUGGUCUUUGGUUCUGUUGUGGAUUUUAUUUCUGUUGUGAUUUUUGGUUCUGUUGUGAUUGUCGUUUGUACUGUUGUGAUUGUGGUUAUUGGUCCUGGUGUGGUUGUUGUUCGUUCUGCUGUAGAUUUUGGUUCUGUUGUGGUUGUUGUUUGCUCUGUUGUGAUUGUAGUUGUUGGUCCUGUUGUGGUUGUUGGUCCUGUUGUGGUUGUUGGUUCUGAUGUGAUUGCGGUUUUUGUUUCUGUUGUUGUGGUGGUUGGUUCCGUGGUGGUUCUUGUUUGUGUUGUGGAUGUUUGUGAUGUGGUUGUUGUUAGUUCUGUGGUGGUUGCUAUUGGUUGUGUUGUGACUGUGGUUGCUCUUUCUUCUGUCGUGGAUGCGUCUCUUGGUUUCGUUGUGAUUGUGGUUGCUGCUUCUGUUAUAGUUGUGGUUGUUAGUUCUGCUGUGGUUGUUGUUGGUUCUGUGGUGGUUUUUGGCACGGUUGUUAUUUGUGAUGACGUUGUUGAGGGUUCUUUUGUGCUUGUUGUAGUUGUUGCAGGUGGUGCUGUGGAAAGGUUUGCUUUCGUUUUUGCUGGAGUUGGUGUUGUUUCUUCAUUGGUUGUUGUUACUGAUUUGUUUGUAGAUGUUGGUUCUCUUGCUGUUGUUUUUGUUGGUUUUCUUGUGGUUGUUAUCGUUGGUGAUGUUCUAGUUGUUGUUGGUGUUCUGAUGGUUGUUGUCGGAGAUGUUGUUUUUGUUGUAGUCGUUGUUGAUAAUGCAACAGUUAUUGGUUCUGUUUCUGUUGUUGUUGUUUCAGAUGCAUUUGUAAAUUUUGGUCCUGUUGCGCUUGUUGCCGUUGAUGUUGGUUGUGAUGUUGUCGCUGAUGUUUCUCUUGAGCUUGUUGUUGACGUUGCACUUGGUGUUGUGUUUGAGAUUGUUGCUGUUAUGGUGGCUUUUGGUGGUGAUGGCAUUCUUGGUUCUGUUGUGGUUGUCGUUGUUAGUUCUAGUGAGGCUGUCGUUGGUUCUGUUGUGGCUGUUGAUUGUGGUACUGUUGUGAUUGCUGUCCGAUCGGGUGUGGUUGUUGUUGGUGGUGCUGUUGUUCUUAAUAGAGUUGUUAUUAUUGGAUGUGUUGGGGUUGCUGUUGGUGGUGUUCUUUUUGUUGGUUCUAUUGUAAUUGUUGUUGGUGCUGUUGUGGUUGUCGUUGUUCGCUCUGUUAAUGUAAUAGGUUCUGUUGUCUUUGUUGUUAUUGGCUCAGGUGUAACUGCUGUUGGUUCUGUUCUGCUUGUUAUUGAUUGUUUUGUAUUUGCUGCAGGUGAAGAGGUUGCCGUGAUUGGUUCGGAUGUAGAUUUUUUCAUAGUUUUAGUUGUCGGUUGUGAUAACAUCGUUGACGGUUCUGUUGUGCGUAUUGUGGACCCAGUUGAUGUUGUUGCUGCAGUUGGUGCUGUUGUUAGUUCAAUGGUUUGUGUUGGUGUUUCCGAUCUUCUGGUGGAUAUUGGUUGUGUGGUGGUCUUCGUUCGUAGAAAUGCUGUUAUUGUGGAUUCCAUUGUUGUUGGGGGUCCCAUUGCAGUUGCUGUCUUUAUUUCUAAUGGUGAUUCGGUUGUAGUUAUUUGCUCUUUUGCGGUUAUCGUAUUUAGUUCUGCGGCGGUUUUUACUGCUUCCGUUGUUGUUUCUGCGGUUACUGUCGGCACUGUUGUUCUUGUUCUUGUUCCUGUUCGCGUGGUAAAUGUUAGUUCUGUUGUUGUUGUUGAUGGUGGUGUUGCUGUUGAUGAUUCAGCUGUUAUUGUUCCUUCCAUAGUUCUUAUAGCUGGCUUAGUAGUGGUAAUUGUUGAUGGCAUUGUCUUUGUAGAUAAACUUGUGGUAGUUAUUGCUGGUUCUAAUGUCGUUGUUAUUGUAGUCGGGACUGUUGAUACUGUAAGUUCUCUUGUGGUUUGUGUUGGUUCUAUUGUGGAUGCUCUUGGUGAUGUUUUGGCCGUGGCUGUUUCUAUUGUAGCUGUUGUUGUUUGUUCUUUCGUGAAUGUUGUUGUUGGCUCUGUUGCGGAUGUUGUUAGUAAAGUUGUAGUUGCUAUUACUUGUUCUAUUGUGCUUGACAUAGGUUCUUUUGUGGAUGUUAUUGGGGAUGUUUCGGACGUUGUUGUUUCUAUUGAUGUUGAUGCUGGUGCUCUCAUAUUUGUUGUUGUUCGUUGUGAUGCUGUCGUGGUUGGUGGGGACGUUGCUAUUGUUUUGGUCGUUGUUGGAAACGUUGUUGUUAUUGCUGGUUCAGUUGUGGCUGCUGGAAUUGGUGCUGCCUUGGUUGAAGUUGCUUCUGUUGUGGUCGAGGUUCGAUCUCUUGCGGUUGUUGCUGGUUCUUUUAUGGAUGAUAACGUUGGAUUUGUUGGACUCGAUACCGGUUCUGCUGUGGCAAUUGCCCUUGGUGAUGUUAUAGUUGGUCCUGUUGCUGUGUGUGUUGGUACUUCGGUGGUUAUUAUUGGUGAACUUGUGUUUGUUGUUGUUGUUUUUGAGAUUGUGGUUGUUGGUGUCGGUCCUGUUGUGGUUGUUGGUUCGCUUAUAAUUGAUGUUAUUGGUGAUAUUGUGGUUGUUGGUUCUGCUGUGGUUAUGGUUGGAUGA